AUGGUUGAUCAGGAUGUGAUUCAGGAUGUGGAUCAGGAUGUGGAUCAGGAUCAGGAUGUGGAUCAGGGUGUGGAGAUCGGGAUGAAUCAGGGAUGUGGAUCAGAUGUUGUGGAUGAUUCAGAUGUGGAUCAGGAUGUGGAUCAGUAUGUUGAUCAGGAUGUGAUUCAGGAUGAUCAGGAUGUGGAUCAGGACGUGGAUCAAGAUGUGGAUGAGGAUCAGGAUAUGGAUCAGGAUGUGGAUCAGUAUGUUGAUCAGGAUGUGGAUCAGGAUGUGGAUCAGGAUCAGGAUGUGGAUCAGUAUGUUGAUCAGGAUGUGGAUCAGGAUGAUGUGGAUGGAUCAGGAUGUGGAUCAGAUGAUGUGGAUCAGGAUGUGGAUCAGGAUGUGGAUCAGGAUGUGGAUGUGGAUCAGGAUGUGGAUGUGGAUCAGGAUGUGGAUCAGGAUGUGGAUGUGGAUCAGGAUAUGCUGGGAAACCUAACAGUAGUGCCCAUCAAGGUUCCUCAGGUCAGCUCUCUACACCGGCUGUCUGGACAGACCUCCACUGUUCUACCUCAGGUUCAGCCAAAGAGUGUGAUCCCAGCCAGCCUCCUCCUCAGCCACAGCCCUGUGUCUCUCCCUAGGGAGCAGCCAGCCAGCCUCCUCCUCAGCCACAGCCCUGUGUCUCUCCCUAGGGAGCAGCCAGCCAGCCUCCUCCUCAGCCACAGCCCUGUGUCUCUCCCUAGGGAGCAGCCAGCCAGCCUCCUCCUCAGCCACAGCCCUGUGUCUCUCCCUAGGGAGCAGCCAGCCAGCCUCCUCCCCAGCCACAGCCCUGUGUCUCUCCCUAGGGAGCAGCCAGCCAGCCUCCUCCUCCACAGCCCUGUGUCUCUCCCUCAGGAGCAGCCAGCCAGCCAGAAACAGUCAACCUGUCAGGCCCUCAGUCUCCUCAACCUCCAGAGAGCUACCGCUGUAGUCAGCCCUAAGAGCCACGCCCACAGUUUUAACCACACCAACAGCUCUAGCCACACCCUCACCCAGAGCCACACCCUCGGCCCGGCCCUGCCUACAGCCAACAGCACGUUCAGCCCAGAACGUCUCUCCAUAGGCCAGGGAGACACAGCCACCUUCACAACCUCCUCACCCCCUCCCCUGGCCCAGACCCUGGUCUCUCCCCUGGCCCAGACACUGGCCUCUCCGCUGGCCCAGACACUGGCCUCUCCCCUGGCCCAGACCCUGGUCUCUCCCCUGGUCUCUCCCCUGGUCUCUCCCCUGGCCCAGACCCUGGUCUCUCCCCUGGCCCAGACCCAGUCUCUCUCCCUGGCCCAGACCCAGUCUCUCUCCUCGGCCCAGACCCAGUCUCUCUCCCCAGCCCAGACCCAGUCUCUCUCCCUGGCCCAGACCCAGUCUCUCUCCCUGGCCCAGACCCAGUCUCUCUCACCAGCCCAGGCCCAGUCUCUCUCCCCGGCCCUAGCCUGGCCUGGAGGCAUCUCCCCCACCUCUACCAGCAGCAGCAGCCCAACAGCCAUCUCAGCCUCAGUUGCCCCCGGUGUGACCUUCUCCAUCAUCUCUGCCUCUCCGCCUACCGACACCGGGAACAACAGGGUGUGGACCAUCAGUGAGGCAGUCAAGGUCCAGCCACUGGUCUUCAACACUAAGUUGAAAAUAAUCCAGCCGGAGGCUGAGACCCCCAGCUCCUCCCAGGACUCCCCAGGAGGACCCCAGGGGGCCGACAGCCCCUCACAGGAGAUCCCCUCCAUCACCUCGACCACCAACCCCUCCACCUCUCCCUCCUCUACACCAGCCAAGAAGAAGAAGAAGGAUGAGGACUCAGAGGUAAAACCACAACCCUAA